AUGCUUAGCAAAUCGCUGCUCCUAUCGACUUGCCUCUCGUUGGCCUUGCAAUGUAGUGCGCUAACACCCUCUGCAACUGGCUUGUCUUAUGUUGUUCCGCCUCCUGCCGCAGAUGGGGGAAUGGCAUGGAAGGCAGCCAAUUUGCGUGCACAAGGGCUGGUUGCCCAAAUGACAUUGCAAGAGAAGGUUGAUCUUGUUACUGGCCAAGAAGGUCUCUGUGCAGGUCAAACAGGCAACGUCACACGGCUUGGAAUUCCAACUAUGUGUUUUCAGGACGGCCCUGCAGGACCUCGACCUGGAAGCAUACAAUUUCCUUCCGGUGUGACUACAGCUGCUACCUGGGAUGUGGAUUUGAUUUACGCGCGUUCCUUGGCUAUUGGUAAAGAAUUCUACGAUCUGGGCAUCCACGUGGCUAUGGCUAUCAUUACUGGGGGGCCGCUUGGCCGUUCUCCCAAAGGCGGUCGGAACUGGGAAGGAUGGUAUGCCGAUCCGUAUGGUACCGGAAUUGCAUCGUGGCAUGGCGUUAGGGGCCUGCGAGACUCGGGCGUUCAGGUACUAGCAAAGCAUUACAUUGGAUAUGAACAGGAGACUUUCAGCAUCUACGCUGCAUCUGAACAGGUUCCCAUAUCCAGCAACAUCGAUGAUAAGACAACUCACGAGAUAUACCUCUGGUCAUUUGCUGAGGCUAUUCGUGCUGGUGUGACACACAUCAUGUGCGGAUACAAUUCUGUCAAUGGCACUCAUUCGUGUGCCAAUUCCGAGUCUAACAACAAGAUGCUGAAGACCGAAUUAAAUUUCCAGGGGGCACUCAUCAGUGAUUGGGGAGCCACCUGGGGAACCCAGGCAUUUGUUGAAGGCGGGCUCGACGCUAAUAUGCCAGGCUUGGGCUUUGGUGGAAUUCUAGGGCCAUUCUACGACAAGGAUCUCUACAAAAUGGUCCAGAAUGGAACGAUCAAAAAAACUCGUUUAGAUGAUAUGGUUACCAGAAUGAUUGUUCCGCUUAUCGUGACGGGUCAGAUCGACAAACCUCUUCCAUCCACUGUGACUACAAUUCCAGGGAUGAUAAACCGGCCACUUACUAUAUCUGCUGAGGUUGAUGGACAGAAACUAUCAGCCGUUGAGAUAGCUCGAAAGAUCUCUGCUGAUGGAACCGUUUUGCUGAAGAAUACUGGCUCAUUACCUCUCCGGAGUCCUCGAAUCAUCGCAAUCAUUGGCCAAGAUGCGGGCCCGAAUCCUCUUGGUAUUCAGGGGUGUGGUAAAUUAUACCGUGACUGUGGAAUUCUACAGAAUAAUGGAACACUUAGCCUUGGUGGCGGAUCCGGAUACACCUGGGCAAACAACCUGAUUACACCCCUGGAUGCAAUCCAAGCCAAAGCGCGAGAAACCAAUGCUUUCCUUCAAUAUGUCAUUGAUAAUACUGCCGAGAGUCUGAUAUACGAUACUCUGGCUGGCGGUGGGCUGUCGGUAUCUCCUCCAGAUGUUUGCCUCGUCUUCGCAGACAGAUAUCAACGGGAAAACAUGGAUCGCAACGAUCUUAACCUGAACAUCGGAAACUGGACACGCUCGGAAGACAUUAUUCUAGAAACGGCAGCCAAUUGCAACAACACGAUUGUGGUGCUUCACGUUGGUGGGCCAGUGAUCAUGGAAGCCUGGAUCGACAACCCCAAUGUAACGGCUGUGCUUGCUCCUCUUUACCCUGGCGAGCAAACAGGCCCUGGCUUGGUUGAUAUUCUCUGGGGCCAUGUUUCUCCGAAUGCGAAGUUGCCCUUUACAGUGGGUAAAAGCGAGUCGGAUUAUCCUCCAAACACCAUAUCACAAGAGCACAGUAUUACGCCUCAGGCAGACUUCACUGAAAAGCUGAAGAUUGAUUACAGGUGGUUCGAUACAUACAACAUUACGCCUCGCUUUGAAUUUGGCUUUGGUCUAUCUUACACUGCAUUCAAGUACUCCAACAUCGACAUCGAUUUGAAGGAAUCUUCGGAUAAAUACGCUAUCCAAACUACCAACGAAGAGUUCGUCGGCCAGACCGCUGGCCAAUCUAUUUAUGACGUUAUCGCUACGGUGACAGCUGACAUCACUAAUACUGGAAAGCAUACUGGCUCCGAGGUAGCUCAACUGUACGUGGAGUUCCCUGCGAACGAAGAGGAACCCCCGAAGCUCCUUCGAGGUUUCACCAAGAUCAAGAACAUGGAGCCUGGCCAUCGCCGGAAGGCAUCAUUCCCUGUCCGCCGGAAGGAUGUUAUGAUCUGGGACGUUACAGAGCAGAAAUGGCGAUUCCCGAAAGAUGAAUCUGUUAAAUUCUAUGUCGGCGCUUCCUCGCGCAACCUGGCCCUGGAAAUUACACACAGUCUGAAGCCGUGA